AGACAUUAUAACGAACUGGUCUAGGUAGGCGUGCAUUUCAGAGUUAGCCUGUAUACGACUUUGCUUGCAAUCAUUGCUGGCCAUAUUUUUACCCAAAUGACCACUCCACUAAGUUCAUCCGAGCUUGCCAUGCUCGAAUCAAUUCACGCGCAGCACGCGGAUCUCACGGCAAAGACGAAGGCGAUGAUAGAGAAAGUCAUGAUGGCAAUGCUUUGCAUGUCUCGCGCUUCCUGGGAACAAGGCGUAGCUGCUCAGGCGUUGUACGAGUUCCACUGCGCGUUUCGAUCCGACUACGGGCCAGAAUAUUUCGUCUGUAUGGCCCAUGAUGCUGUUGUGCGACAAGGAGACGACGGGCGCCUGAGUGCUCGUCUGUGUCAGGGAGAUCAAGGCUCCGUAGACACGACAGCAAUCUUAGAAACGCUCAUCCACGCACAUGAAGUAACCUCCGAAGACUACUACCUGGACGCCUCGAAGCGUGCCAUAGACUAUCUCCUGCAUAAAACUCCGAGAACGUCUGAUGGAAUAUGGAGUCAUCUCGCGGGUAAAGUACAGCUGUGGGUAGACGCAAUCUACAUGGGUCCUCCAGGCCUCGCCGCUGCGGGUAGUUUGUGGUAUAACGAAGGUUAUAUCAGAGAGGCUUAUCGUCAGACCAUGGCUUAUGUUAAGGUACUAUGGGAUGAGGACGAGCAUCUGUUCUCGCAUAUCUACGAUCCAGGAAAGGGUGAAUAUAUUCGCCAAGCCUUUUGGGGAGUCGGGAACGGAUGGGCCAUUGCUGGCAUGGCGAGGGUGUUGGACUUCCUGCCACCCGACUGGGAGCCCGAGAGAGACGCCCUUCUCUCGGUCAUCAUACGGACGAUAACUGCAAUGCUACGCCAUAUCCGCUCGGACCACCUUUUCCACGACGUCCUAAAUGACCCGUCUACCUUUGUCGAAACCAAUGCUGCUCAGCAGCUAUCAUACACCAUACUGCGUCUGUGCCGCAAAGGUCACCUAAGGGGAAAUCCGUGCGAACGGGAUUGGCGGAUGGAAGCUCUGAGAAUGAGAGACGCUGUUUGGUUGAAGGUUGACAGGUGGGGUCUCGUGCAGGGUGUGUGUGGGAGCCCAUCUUUCGAUCACCCUGGGACAGCAGCUGAAGGUCAAGCGUUCUUCUUACUCAUGGAGGCAGAGUACGAGCAUUAUGACCAACUUUGAUCGGCAAGUACGGACGAAGUCUGGCAUCUAUUACUUUCUAUGUAGAUAAAUUACAGAUCAUCCAACAAGUAACGUUAUUGAUACCACCUUUCCCUCAAUUUUUUCCUCUGCACCAUCGGCUUUGUGAUUA